AUGGCUGGCAAGUCGCUCCUGGACGUGAAAUAUGACGAAUUACCAGAUCCCACAAAGGUAUGGCUCGGCUCGCCAAAGAGCCGUGAGGAAGGUCUUGGGCGAUUAGCCUUGCUCACAAACGAUCAAGUGCGCAAGGCCGCCACCGAGCAGAUCCGAACAGGACGGCGCGUAGGCAUGAACUGGGAACUCACGAAGAUGGAAACUCCCGGCUUGGGACGCCAGCCAUGCGAGCACUCAAUCGUGCCUCUUCUGAGCGGCUUGUGUUUCGACGAUAUCUACCACUUUAAUCCACAACAGAGUAGUCAGUGGGAUGGCCUUCGGCACUUUGGUAUGAAGGUCAAGACAGACGCCAAUGACGAACAACACUCAGAAGAGAAACGCCUAUUCUACGGUGGCACCACGGAGUCGGAAAUCCUGGAAAAGGGCAACGACAGGAUCGGCAUCCAGCAUUGGGCACGUGAAGGCAUCACGGGCCGCGGUGUGCUGAUUGACUAUGCAUCCUGGGCCGACAGCAAGGGACUCGAGUACACGACGUUCUCGCAACACACCAUCAAGCUCGACGACGUCCUCGAGAUUGCGCAGACGUCCAAUAUCGUGUUUGAAAGGGGGGAUAUCUUGCUCAUUCGCAGCGGGUUUACGCGGGAGUGGGAGGGAAUGUCCUCGGAUGCCAAAAAGGCGUAUUCAACAUCGCAACACCCGCAGCAUGCCGGCAUCGAGGCCACUACCGAUGUCCUGAGGUGGCUUUGGGAUUCUGGCUUCUCUGCCGUGGCUGGCGAUGCGAUAUCUUUCGAGGUGUUUCCGCCGACAGGAGAUCUGAUGCUUCACGAACAUAUCCUGGCUGGAUGGGGAAUGCCAAUCGGUGAAAUGUUUGAUCUUGAAGAGUUGUCUAGGGUCUGCAAAGAAGUCGGUCGCUGGACAUUCUUCUUGACGUCGAUGCCUCUGAACAUGCCCGGCGGAGUCUCAUCGCCACCAAAUGCACAGGCAAUCUUUUGA